AUGAACUUCGAUGUAGACUCAAUGGAGGAAUGUCUGGCAUCCAAGAUUUCCAGGCAUUAGUUCAGGGAUAGGGAUAAACAGAAGGAGAUGAGUGAUAAGGAGUUUAAGAUCAGUAAUUUCGAAACUACAGUAGAAAGGAUAGAAAGAAUUUAAGACGAAAACUAAAAAGCUUUUUUACUUGGCAAAUAUAUUAAGAAAGACUCGGGAUUUGAUUUAAGAAAGGAUGAUAAAACAAUAACUGAUCUCAGAGGCAUUUAGCAUCAAGCAAGAAAUGAACUUGAGAGAAUUAAAGAUAUAAUAAAGUCCAGAAGGAAAUUUGAUAGGGAAGGUUUUAACUUAGACAUUCUAAAUUCGACUAACAUUUUCAGAUAAAAUGACCCCGUACCUCAAUAAACAAUAAUAAAAAAUAAGAAUUACUUUGCUCGAGCAAGUCUAUCCCAAGUUGCUGAUUCGUUACAGUUGGAUAUUGAUAAAAUUGUUUAGAAGCAAGAACCUUAUUAUUAGCAUGAUUUUAAGCAAGAUCUCUCUCAAAGAAUCUCACCAAAGUUAUCUCAAAGCUAUCAAGUCAUCGAUUAGCUGAGUGAGACUUAAGCUAUAAACAAAAGUAUAUUAUUAAACAAGGCAGCAAUAAAUAUGAAGUACAGCAAAUUAUUCUUACCCAGAAAUACUGCUAAUAACACUCCUAGAUAUGAACCUAUAGUCGAAAAUACUAUGAUAAUUACAGAUACAACUAAAUUCUCGAAUAGGAAUUAUGAGAGUUUUGACAAAUACUAAUAAUUGACUCAGCUAGCUUAAGAAAAGAUAGUCUAUCAGCCAAGUCUAGCAUCAAAAGAUUCAAUAGUAGCAACUAAUUCUUCCUUAUCACCUAGAGAAAACAGAGAUAGUAAAUAACAAUAAUAGAGACCAAUUAGAAAAAGUAACCUGAGGAACCAUAAACUUUAAAAGAGUGUUCAACUUCCAAAGUCUAAGAAUAAUUUAAUUAGACCUAGUGUCAGAUACAAUGAAUCAUCAAUGAACUUGAGCGAUAUUUCAAAAAUUAAUUCUGGGAUGGAUGUUUCGAAAUUAUCAAAUCAAGAGGCAAAUGCCUAUAUUAAAAUUGAAUAGUAAGAUGAAAAACCUAAGAAGUCUCCUUCACCUUAGCUGAGCAAGAACUUUUUUGAUCAUAAUAAGUUGUACCUAAAGCCCCUUUAGCACCAAGUAAUGCCCAAUCCUUCGCCCAGAAGUUCUUUCAGAAUUUUAAUGCCCUCUAAAAUUUGA